AGAGAUUGGGAAAACAGACAAACCCCCAAACAAUUGACUCGGGAGCGCGUUUCCCACCGAACAACAUUCACUAUGGACUCUUCCCCCUUUAACCAAAAUCCGCACAGAAGAUGCUCUAACGUUCCAGGCAAUCCUCUUUACGGCUCUCCUCAAUCUCGAGGCGCUGCUCCCAACCGCACUCUGUUUGCAAAUCAGCGUGUUGCAGUAUGUUCUGCCUACUGCGCCGAAGUAUAUGUUAUAGCUACUAAAUAACUAAUCUGUGUCCCAGUCCGCUUCUUCGGUCCAACCUAGCUAUGAUUUUCUCGCGCAAGCUCCAUCCCCGGCUGCCCCACCACAGCAGCGGUUACUACCGGCGGGGAUGAAGGCCGGUAAUCCUCACCUCACACAUGCCCCUGAUCUAGGCAUUCGCUUACCACGAUACCCAGAUCACUCAACCGAGAGCUUGAGGUCGGAACUAAACACGGCGCGAUACGAAUUAUCAACCUUGCAAGACGAGCGGGAGCUCGAGAGAAUCCACCAUGAGAAGGAGCUUAGAGCCCUAGAAGCCAAGUGUGAGGAACAGGCUAAACGAGCAGAUGUGAACCUCUUAGACUCCGCUGUCUUCAUCUCGUGCUAACUCAAAAUCUCAGUCUGCGGAGAGCGAUAAAACCUACCUAUUCAACAGACAAAAGGAGCUAUCAGAGAAAUUAGAGAAGGUGAAGGAUCAAGCGACAAAUCAAAAGGUAGGUAGCGUUCGCCGACUCAAGGAGUGUACAGUCUGUAUGUGCUAAGAUCAUUUUGUAGCAAGACCUAGACCGCCAGAUCCGACGAUUAAAAUUGGAGAACACGGAUCUGAAGGAACAGGUUGGCGAUAAAGAUGGUGACAUACAAGCCCAGGACCGGCAACACCGUCGCCAGGUAGAGGAGCUUAAGACUAGGAACGAGUCUCUUGAGAAAAUCAACAGCGAGCUCAAAGAAGAUCUCGAGACCAAGUGUCGUGGUUUACAUGAAACUGAAACAAAGCUCGCCACAGGGGAGACCAAAAUAAGCAAUCUAGAGACAGAGCUCCUAAGAGCGAAGGCACAAACAGGCGACCUAGAAACAUUAAAAAUUCUCAAGAAAGAGCUUUCUGGUAUGUGCCACCUAUUUGUCCUGUAUGCGCGGGUAUCGGGGCUGACCGUUUCGCAGAGCAAGUCGCGCAUAUCAAAACAUUAGAAGUCACCAAUAGAAAACUUUCAUUGGAGGCCAAGCAGCUACGAGAUUAUAACAAGUCGAUCGAGAUAUUGGAGGAAGAAAAACAGGCUUUGGAGGUUAGAGUCAGACUGUUGGAUGAAGUUAGACAUGAGCUUGCGGAAACACAGCUUCGCGUCUCAAUCCUCCAGGAUGAGAAGAACUCGUGGGGUAGCUUCUUUGAGAGUGAAGGGCUUGAGUUUGACUCUCCAGAGUGCCUCGCCCGGGCUCUUAUACAGGAACGCUUAGAGAAGGCUAGCCUACUGGAGCAGGCAGGUCGUACUAAUCCUGAGCUCGCACAAAAGGACACCCUUAUCGAAGAACUUGAGGGAAAUAUCCGAAGGUUGAGAGAAGAGUUGGAAAAGAUGGGCGAGACUACUUCCAGAGAUGCUAGGGCAAGAACCCGUUUGGAAAGACAACGCGCGCUUGCGUUGAAAGAAGCGCAAUUCCUACGAGAACAAUUACAGUCAUUCUCAACUGAGGAAACCACAUAUAUGCAAGGAAAUUAUGACGAACAGAAGACCAAGCGAAUUGAGGAGCUUGAGCAAAUGCUGGAGAAGUAUAAGCAGGAGAAUGAUGUAUUGGUAGCAGAGUUGGCUAAAAGGGAAGGGGGAGAUGCAGGGGAGUUGAUGGGUAGGAAACGGCACAGAGAGGAAGACGGGGUGGAGAACGAGAGAAACGGGGAAUUGGUUCGAAAGAACCGACAUUUACAAGAUGGUAAGCAUCAUAUUGGCGUUACGUGUUGAUAAUAUGCUCAUGAGCCCGGCCCUCCAGAGAUAAUUCAACUCAACAAUACCAUCCUUCUUUCAAAGAAAGAAAUAGAAUCACUUCAUAUUCGACUCGAGUCACUGGAAAAGACAUCCACACGGAUCCUGCAACUGAAGGACAAUCCCACCAGCCGAGAAGAAGCGAUCAAGAUUGCCACUCUCGACUCUCUCAGAAAGGAGAAUGCCGCCCUCCUCGCACAAGUAGAGGAGCGAGCAGAUCAGGUUGGCAAGGUUGUCCCCAUCCACACUCUCAACAAUCUCCAUGGUGAGAUAGAGGCUAUGGAGAAGGUGAUCGGCGAGAAGGAAAAACGUAUGACCCGUCUGAAGGAAAUUUGGACAGCCAAGUCUCUGGAAUUCCGUGAGGCAGUCUAUUCACUUCUCGGGUAUAAGCUGGACUUUCUACCCAAUGGAAGGGUCCGGGUGACCCACAUGUUUGCAGGCAAUGAAGAUCAGAGCAUUGAAUUUGACGGGGAGAAGGGUGAGUUUCCGCAUCCCUUAGCUCACAAGUUCACAUACUGACUAACGCUGGUCAAUAGGCACUAUGAAGGUUGCUGGUGGACCAGAUAGCAUGUUUCACCGGGAGAUCAAGAACCAGUGCAGCUUCUGGAUGGCUAGGCAAAGCAUACCUUGUCUACUAGCGAGUAUUCUUAUAGAACAGUAUGAGAAAACAACAAGAGCCCAGAGGAUGUAGGAGAAUAGUGGAAACAUGUAUCGAUAGAGGCGUUUUUGUUUGUUUGUUUGUUCUCUCUUCCAUCUCUUUGAUGGACUCCAGGUCCUUGAAGAUCUGGUGGCCUCCCACAGGGAGGCCCGGGAUAUGCCCCAUAGUUGUAGCAUCACACUAUUAUAUGAUUAAUGUAGAGCCACUAUCUAGGCUAUUCCAUUCGGCUAGAAGCAUCACAAGGGAUAACUUAGAAAUCACUGGAACCUCUAUUGUGGUCUGGUAAUGAUCAAUUAUGACGCUUUCUCAAGCUUCAGCUUCGCCAUACCACCUAAAAAUCUACUCGUACCGGUACGAUACCGGUAUUAUCAUAUACCGUACUAGUAGUAAUUAGUUAAACGUGUCGAACCGUUAGCCUUGGGGAUGGCUACAGUGCAACCCACAGGCUUCUAGGAAGGAGAACCCAGGCAAACGAAGAAGA